CCAAGGUGAUUUAUUUUUCCCAAAGAGUGGCUGUUCAUCCUAAAAGGAAGGGUGUGAAGGUUGGCACACCGUGCCAGAAGGCUGGCCGGGUGGGUCGUGGAUGGUUUGUGCUGACACUUUUGCAGCAGAGAGAGAAGAAUUGGAGGAAAUCAGUUAAAGUGUGGCCAAAAUGGCCGAGAAGAAAGUGAGCCUCCCUGCUAAGCUGAUUAAUGGGGGCGUGGCUGGACUGGUGGGAGUGACCUGCGUGUUUCCCAUUGACCUCGCCAAGACCCGCCUCCAAAACCAGCAGGGUGCUCGUGUUUAUAGUGGAAUGCUGGACUGUUUGGCAAAGACGAUCAAAAUGGAGGGCUACUUUGGCAUGUACCGAGGUGCAGCUGUGAAUCUUACACUGGUCACUCCAGAGAAAGCCAUUAAACUGGCUGCCAAUGAUGUCUUCAGACAGAAGCUCUCCAAAGAUGGAAAAUUAGCUCUGUGGGGGGAAAUCCUUGCGGGCUGUGGAGCUGGAACCUGUCAGGUGGUAGUCACCACCCCCAUGGAAAUGCUAAAAAUACAACUGCAGGAUGCUGGAAGGUUGGCUGCUCAGCGGACUGUCGCUGCCUCUGCCUCUGCCACUAGUCCGACCCCCUCGCUGGUUGCCUCUCGGGCAGCACAGCCGGGCACCAACGCCCCUCCUCAACCCUCAGCGACCCGUAUCACCCUGGAGCUACUCAAGACCCGAGGCCUCAGGGGACUUUAUAAGGGAGCAGGUGCUACAUUGAUGAGGGACGUCCCGUUUUCCAUGAUCUACUUCCCGCUGUUCGCCAACCUCAACGCCGUGGGCCGCACUGAGGAUCGCUAUAGCAACCCCCAGGAGCGGGCCCCCUUCCUGCAGUCUUUCGUGGCUGGCUGCACGGCUGGCUCAGUGGCGGCAGUAGCUGUCACUCCCCUGGACGUUAUAAAGACCCGUCUACAGACCUUACAGAAGGGGGAAGGAGAGGACUCCUACAGAGGCAUCAUCGACUGCGUACAGCGCGUUUUAAAACGAGAAGGACCAUCCGCGUUUCUUAAAGGAGCAACAUGUCGAGCUUUGGUCAUCGCUCCGCUCUUUGGCAUCGCUCAGGGCGUGUAUUUCCUGGGCAUCGGCGAGCACGUGCUGGGGCUGCUGGGAUAGCGGCAGGUGACAUUACCUCAGUCAUCAUACACACAGUACUGUUUCUACAUGGGCCAAGGGAUGAAGAUGAGAGAUGAAGGAAGACGUGGCUAAAAGAAGAUAAAAUGAUGAUAAAGGAAGCUCCCCGACUUUAUUUACGAUGAGGUAAAUAUGGAGGGAAAUUCACAUACCCAACCAAAGGAGGUUCAGACACUUUGGGAGAACAGAGGAGGGUUGUGUAAAGCUAACAUAAAAGCCUAUAUUGCACACUAACCAUGUUUAAGUACC